CAGGAACCUGUUCCUCCUCCUUCAGCUUCAGGUUUCAACAACAUGAAGAAGAAGAAAAAAACGCAAUGGGGAAGUUCAGUCACCGACCAUCAUUAUUCAUAGGCGGCACCUGACGGGAGGUUAUAAAGGCGGCGAAGAGCUGCGCACCACAAACACGUCUCCUGGGUCCACGACAUGACGGCCAAGAUGAAGAAGCUGAUGGUCCCCGUUCUUCUGCUCUUGUCCUUUACGAUAUGUCAGGGGCAGCGCACAAGAUGCAAAGAUCCCUCCGAGGAACAUUUAAGGCAGAAACUUUAUCGCCUCUCACCAGAUUCUCUUCUUCUGACCAAGUCUGACUAUGUCCCUGAUGUGAGGAUGAAGAAAUGUCCUACAAGUGUCAACACCUCCUCAGAGCUGAUGCAGGACAGGAGUAUUUCCCCAUGGUCCUACAGAAUCAACAAAGACAUGAACAGAUACCCGCAAGAGAUCGUGGAGGCCUACUGUCUGUGCCGAGGCUGCGUCACCUCCAAGGAAACCUCCAUGGUCAGCGAACCGUUCUACAAAGAAGUCUCGGUCCUGUACAAGUCCUCCAAAUGUAAGAAGUCCAGGUACGUCUACAAGCUGCGAUACGUCAGGGUCGCCCAAUUCUGCAUCUGUCGCUUCCACUGAACAACCCGAGACCCGGACGACCCAACUGGUUAAGGAAAUAGAUAAGUUGUGAAGGAUACAAACCCCUCCCCUACAUCCAUCUGUGUACUGCAGCAAUCUACGAACCUUGGUUUUGAAAAAUCUUUACACAAAAAAUUUGGGGUGGAAAUUUGUAAGGCAACCAUUUAAUGAAGGACAAACUGUAAAUAUUACAGCUAAAAAAAUGUUAACUAAAAUGUAAAAAACAAACAAAAAAAAAAGGAUAAAAGGCUAAAUCUGAUCCCAAAUGGACUUGUAUUGGGUUAGUCCCGUAUGGCGAAGCUGUCUGGAUGUUCGUUUUUUGUAUAUUGUCUUUUGGCGAGAUUUUUUUGGUUUCUUGUGUCUUUUAUAGGACACGCUGGGAUCUGACUAUGACAAAUCUGCGGUCAGGGCUCUGGAAGGACUUUCGGCACUUUUUUUUUUUUUUUUUGUGGCUCCGACAUAGAAGAGUGAAGCGUUUGGACAAUGGUUCUGUUUGUUUUGUACAGUUGACUGCGCCGCUGUAUAAAGUUUCAGCAUGCCUCGUGUUUUUAUGCUUUUUAUGUAGAGUUUUUAUCUUUUAAUAAUAAAAAUAAAGAAUGUCUUUAUCCAAAUUGAUAUUUCUGCAAAUGUCUUAAAGCGUCAAAUGACAGAAGAAAAUAAUACUUCUACUGUAAAUAUGUUACUACUGGGUCAUGCAGAUUCCUUUUAUGUGUCUCGCUUCUGUAUUUGGCUCACAAAUCCCUCUGUUCUGCUGCUCACUUAUUCUGACAUCCACUGCUCAGGAAGGGGCGUGUCACCAAUUCCCCACCUUCCAUAGCAUUUAGUAACACUGGAAGACUCCUAUGGCACUCCACAUAGCGCUCAGUAACAUUGGCAGCCCCCUCCGAAAACACUCUGGCAGACUCCCCAACCCCCCUUCCAUGGCACUCAGUUACAAAGGCAGACUCUGGAAAACUCACCUCUACUAUACCACACAUUGACCCCCUCUAAGUAAGACCCCCGGUAGGUAGUUUUCUACCCCCGUAGUUAGUUUCCUGCCCCCUGUAGGUAUUCCCUGCCUUGUAGGUAGGACCCCCCUGUAUGUAGUUAGCUCCCCCAGUAGGUAGUUUGCUGCCGCCUGUAAGUAGGACCCCCUGUAGGUAAUUUUCCCCGUGUAGGUAGGACUGUCCUGUAGGUAGUUAGUUCCCCCUGAAAGUAGGACCCCCAGUAGGUAAUUUGCCCCCUGAAGUAGGACCGUCCUGUAGGUAAUUUUCCCCAUGUAGGUAGUCCCCAGCUUGUAGGUAGGACCCCCUGUACAUAGUUAGCUCCCCCUCUGUAGGUAGUUUGCUCCCCUCUGUAGGUAGGACCCCCUGUGGUAGAACUCCUUCUAGUUUAGUUAGCCCCCCUGUAGCUAGGACUCAUUUUAGCUAGACCCUGCUGGUAGGUAGUUUAUCCCGUCUGUAGAUAGGACCCCCUUGUAGGUAGUUUGCGCAUC